CUUUUGUUCGCGCGUUGUUGGUGACGUAGUUAUUAGGCGCCGUCACGAGGUGUCGUCAUACAGCAGCGCAGCCGGUAACAUGGGGAGCGAUUUCUAUCUCCGGUAUUACGUUGGACACAAGGGCAAGUUUGGCCAUGAGUUCUUGGAGUUCGAGUUCCGACCUGACGGAAAACUCCGUUAUGCCAACAACAGCAAUUAUAAGAAUGAUGUUAUGAUUAGGAAGGAGGCCUAUGUACACAAAAGUGUGAUGGAAGAAUUAAAAAGGAUAAUAGAUGACAGUGAGAUCACAAAAGAAGAUGAUGCAUUGUGGCCACCACCAGAUAGAGUAGGACGGCAGGAGCUGGAGAUAGUUAUUGGUGAUGAACACAUUUCUUUUACUACGUCCAAAAUUGGAUCGCUUAUCGAUGUGAAUCAGUCCAAAGAUCCAGAGGGCUUACGAGUAUUUUACUACUUGGUUCAGGACCUUAAGUGUUUGGUUUUCAGUUUGAUUGGACUUCACUUCAAAAUUAAACCCAUCUAAUGGAAUGGGUUUAUUUUUUUUUAUGGGUGGGAGUGUAUAUUAUUUUCCUUAUACUGGAUUGUUCAUCUGAGGUUUUUUAUGUUUGGUAUUAUGAUUUUAUUUCUGCAGACUUGACACACUUUAAUAAAAUUUUGGCAAAACAAUGA